GCAGGUGGGGCCCGCGCGACCCCGCCCCCGGCCCCGCCCCCCACGCGCAUUGGUGCAGCCAGCUGUCGGUCUUCGGCUGGGGAGGGGGCGCCGCGCACUGCGGUCGCUCUGCAGAGGGCUCCGAUCUCCCUGCUGCCUGGUGCCGCGACCUCGCGAACAGGGUCGGCCUGGAACCCUGCAGCUCUCGGUUGAUCUUUACGUAAGCAAAAAUGUAUGCAGUAAAGAGUUUUCAUGAAGAAAUUAAAGAGACAAGGUUAAAGUUAAAGCUACAGAGAAACUAGGUAUCCACGCUAGAGAAACCAUCUAGAACGAGGACGGAAUGGAGUAAGGCCGAAGGAAUGAGCGCACCUGGACCGCUGUUUCCCGAGCUGAGUUCUGUCUACCUGCAUAACGAUGCACAGGAAAAAGGCUACCGUGUUCUAGAGAAUGAAGGCGUGCAGUGUGACAAUGGCGGCCACAGUCUCUGAAAUUCAAGUAGAAAAUAAGGAUGAGAAGCAAGCUGCGGAAGUUAGCCCUCGGGAUGAGCGACGGAAGCAGAAAGCAUCCGUGCUUUGCUUCAAGAGAAGAAAGAAAGCAGGCAAAGCGUUGAAGCCCAAAGCCUGCGCCGAGGCUGAGACUGCGGCGGCCAGCAAGGCGCCUGGAGACGCGGGAGCUCCGGAUCAGCCCCCGCGGCCAGGGGGCGCCUGGGCCUCCAUCAAAGGCCUGAUGACGCGAGGGAAAAGGUCCGCUCCUUCAAAGCCGCAAAAGCCGCCCGAGGCUGAAGUGCAUCCUGAAAUAAAGGCUGAGGGUGCUGAUCUUUCUAAGAAAAAGGCUAAAUCCAGACUUAAGAUUCCCUGCAUAAAAUUCUCACGAGGGCCACCGAAGAGUAGUCAUUCCAAAAUUAUAGAAGACUCGGACCGCAGUCUGAGAGUGCAGGGUGAGGCCGAAGCUUCGGCUGCACAAACUCAGACCGCGGCCACCGACCAGGCGGCGGGGCCCAAGUCGGCCCGCGAGCCGAGCGAAGGCGUCGCCACGCACGAAGACGGCGGCGGUGAGGUCUGCGAGUCCAACGAGAGCAACAGCGUCACGCCCGGAGAGAACGUGAUUUCAGUAGAACUCGAACUAGAUAACGGGCGUUCUGCUAUUGAAACAGGAACUCUAGCCCUCGAGAAGGAACCCGAAGAAGGGACGGAGGACACGCAGAAUGUUCCGUCCCAGCAAGCAGGUCCACUUGAAAGUUCAGAACCAGCCAGUCUGCAGCCAGUGGCUUCUGCGGCUGCUCCUCCACCUGCAGUACCGGAUCAGCAAGCCGUGGGAAAAUCCAGCGACAGCACCCUGGACGGUGAGCCAAACCGGAAAGACUAUGAAAGUGGAGAGGCUGUGGCCGAAGAAGAGAAUAAGCCAAAAGAUACCCGAUUAAGCCCGGAAUCAGACUUGAAAGAAAACGAGAUCAAUGUAGAGAAGCCCAAAUCCGAGGAAAGCAAAAGAAUGGAGCCAAUUGCUAUCAUUAUUACAGACACAGAAGUCAGUGAAUUUGAUGUUAAAAAAUCUAAAAAUGUCCCUAAGCGUUUCUUAAUUUCCAUUGAAAAUGAGCAAGUAGGUUUUUUGGCUAAUGACAGUGAUUUUGAGGGUAGAACUUCAGAACAGUAUGAAACACUCUUGAUAGAGACAGCUUCUUCUCUCGUCAAGAACGCUAUCCAGUUGUCUGUAGAACAGCUGGUUAAUGAAAUGGCCUCUGAUGAUAAUAAGAUAAACACUCUUCUAGAGUGACUUAAUUCCCAAGCCAUGGGAGGGAGGAAAAAAAAAGCUUACCGAUGAACUAUUUAUACAUUUGCGGCAUUUCUUAUUCCAUAAGAAAUGAGAGAUUGAUCGUCUGGAGUUUAAAGGUGCAAUUCCAGCACAGAAGAACUACGAAAUAGGUCAAGUUGACGAAACUCUUUCCCCUGCGAUGUGGUCGGGUCUAGACUGGAGGAAGUCAGCAGGGCCUACAGUGCACAGUGACAUUCUGGGAGCCGCUAAACGGAGACAGUCCUGUGGGCCAGGAAGGUGUAUUUACUGAGCACUUACAGAGUGCUAGGAGCUGCUUACUGGCUCUUUUCUGGUGUUACAAACUCUGAUUUCCUUUUGAUAGUUCAACCCUGUGUACAGGUCAACAUCACAUCUGCUUUUCAAAGACGUUUUCUUUUUUUAACAGUGCACUUGUAUAGUGUUGAAAAUGGUGAAUAAGGUGAGUUAUAUUUGUGAAUGCGUGAUUUUGUUACACUCCUAAGCAGUAUACCUCACAAAAUAGGUUGCAUUUCCCUGAUUUCAGCAGAGUGUACAAAAGAUGCGUCCUGGAACUACACAAGGGAUUUCCUAGUUUUGCUCAAGCCUCUUCCAAAAGCCAUUCACUAGUUCCUUGUAGUAGGCAAUAGUUGCCAAGAACAGAAGAGGUGAAGCAGGGGUGAGCAGUUGCCCUCCCCACUGCCCUUUCGCCCCCGCAGACCUCUCUGUUCCCAUGUCUGCAUGGGCUUUUCUGCUGAAAACUUUACAAAUAAAACAAGGGGAAUCUCACUUUUAAUCUGGAAGACAAACUUCCCAAGUAACCACUAUGGAUAACACAGCAUUCCUCUUGCGGAAACCCUUUCCUAAGGACGCUAUAUUCCACUCUGCAAACAAGGGAGUGGGUUCUGUCAGGCUGAACAGUGAGGUCCCAGGACAUCACAACAUUGUAGUGAAAAUAUUUAUUCUUGGCCAGGAAUGAGCCAUGUACAGUUAUUGCUAGAGCACAUAUUUUCAGUGUCAGUGUUUUAUCAUUGUGUCUCUGAUGAGACCAGUAAAAUGCAUUUUACAUGAAUAUUUAAAUUAACUUCUCACAAUUUUCAAUUCAGUUAAUGUUUUACACAAAUGAGAAGGGCUCAUUUGCAUUUUAUUCAGCUCUUUAGAAGCAUCUGAUCACAUAUUUUGAAAAAGCAGCCCUGGGUCAGGCUUCUUGCGUGGCACAGCCGUGACCCUGCAGCGCACCUCCCUACCUCACUGUCUGCUCCCCCACCGGCUAAGCCCAGGCAUGGUGUUACCACCUGAACCUGAGGUAAUGAAGCAGACGAAGGAUGAAUGCCAAAGUAUUUGUUGGCGACCUUCAUCUUGGAGGAAACAGUAUUAGGUAUUUGAAAUGACUGGGGUGACUUCUUACAUAUUAAUGAACUGCAUAUAGAAAGUAUGUGCUCAUUUUUCCUGUAGAUUGGGCUGUGUGUGUUUGCGUAUAUACAUACUUACUGGGACCUCUGACAGAAGCAAAGCUGACUUUGGAUAGCAGCAAAUAAUAUUAGCAUGAUUCUUUGCCAAAGUGCAGAAGUAUUUCCUCCAGAUUUUCUUGCCUUUGUGUUUAUAAUCUUGGGGGAGAAUCCUUCUACUCGGUGAGAUUAAAAAGUGGGUUUCUCUUGGCUGGGGAGAAAGCUUGGCCAUGUAAGCGCCUGCCUGGCAAGCAUGAGGACCUGGGUU